CAAAAUCAUUAUUGUCAAAACAAAUCAAUUAGAAUUUAAAUGUCAACGUCAAAAUUCUGAAUUGACGUGACGGAAAUUGGAGGCGUCGAUUCAAUGGUAGACUGGAUUUAAUUUGGUUUAAAACAAUUUAUUAAAUUAAAUUGAUAAAUAUGAUCCGGUUCAUUUUAAUCCAAAACCGUGCGGGCAAAACUCGCCUUGCCAAAUGGUACAUGAACUUCGAUGAUGAUGAGAAACAAAAGCUUAUCGAAGAAGUACAUGCUGUUGUCACAGUCAGAGAUGCCAAACACACCAAUUUUGUGGAGUUCAGGAACUUCAAAAUCGUGUACAGGAGAUACGCGGGGCUCUACUUCUGCAUAUGUGUGGACGUGAACGACAACAACCUGUGUUAUUUGGAGGCCAUCCAUAACUUCGUGGAGGUCCUGAAUGAGUACUUCCAUAACGUGUGUGAGCUGGAUUUAGUCUUCAAUUUCUAUAAGGUAUACACAGUGGUGGACGAGAUGUUCUUGGCUGGAGAGAUCCGGGAGACGUCCCAGACCAAGGUCCUGAAGCAGCUGUUGAUGCUCAACUCUUUAGAGUAAUCUUGUGGUCAAACUGAGUCAAGUGGUUUUUCUAACAUAUAAUCAUGCCGGGAGAAUUUAUGCAUUUUAUGUAACAUAUUGUUUAGGAAGGUGCAUAUUGCUGGAAUCUCGUCUUGUAGGAGAAGCUUUUACAAAGAAUUCACAUAUUUGUAACUUGACCAGAAACAAAGCAUCAUUCUCCAUGUUGUGAAUGAAAAAGUUAAUUAAAAAUUGAGCUGGCAAUAAUUACUUACUAAAGAAAAGUAUGCAACACAGGACUGUUAAGUGGUCAGUACUUUUAAGCCUCCUUCUAUUUGUAUACAUCUAAAACAGGUUGGUUUACAUUUGUGGCAACAUCUCUACGCCACAGUUCACAAAAACAAAAAAUCAUGCCACAUUGUCAGUCAAAAACAGCGAGAAGUCUUAAACGCGCAAGCAAAGUUUUCACAGAUUGGAGCAUAUAUACAACCUCCGAGACAACAUUGUCUGACACUCGGUUCCCCAGGCAUCACACCCAGCCUGGCGGAAGAUCUUCCCUUUGAUGGCGGUCUAGCUGGAACAUCACCCCCACUACACAUUUGACAAUGGUGCACUAUUGUCAGAUUAACUUGCUAUCACUCAAAUGAUUAUAUUAUGAAACAUUUUAAAAAUUUAAAAAAUUAAAUUGUUUCUCUAUGGUACACAAAACCAGCACCUUCAUUGACGGGUUUGCUUUAGUUCUGGUCAAGCUAUUUUGUAAUUGUAGAUGCAUUUUGAUGUUCUAUAAGCUGUGUUACUGCAAGCUAUGUUUAGCAGUUAGAUUUUGCGUGAAGGAGUUUACACUAGAAACGUGUUGAAUGUUUGUCAAAUUGAUGGUGACAUCAAAAUCAAUAUUUUGUUCAGAAUACAGGCCUUGGUAUGCACUUUUUCACGUCAUUUUACAUUUCAAUAACUUAAAUUUAAGUUAUAUCUAAUAUAAAAGUAUAAACUACCUAAGGGUAAGAGCGCAUUAUGUCCACUUUGCAAAAUGUCCAAUUGUCCAGUUCACAAUUAGUCAAGUGAACUGGACAUAAUGUGCCCAACCGCACCUAAGCACUUAACCCCAUUGAGAUUAACAUCCCUUUCAUGGAACAGAACAGAAUACUCUUCAAAAUAGACACCAUCUUCAAAAUGAUGCUGGUACAUCGCACAAACAAAUAAACCACGGGUAAGAGAAGAUGCACCAGUGUAAGAAACUUUUCCAGUAUUGGUCGCCUACCCGCCAUAUAGGCUUUUUAUUGUGACUUCCAUUACAUUAUCAGAAGGUCAAAAUAUUGAUUAGGAUGUAAUAGCACCAUCAUGAAAGUAUUUCUGCUACAAAACUUUCACACACACUAUUUAUAGAUUCUAAUAAUAUGUUAAGUAUAACAUAACAAAGUAUUUAUUUAGAGUUUGAUUGUUAAAACAUGUAGCCAAAUUACAAUAUUUAGAGACAAUUGGCUGAUUUUGAUGUUAAAUAGAAUUAAUAUUUACAUGUUGUGUAAAGCUUUUACACAGUAUUUUAAACACCCAACAAAUUUAGUUCGCGCAAAUAUGAUCAAAUUUUAAAAACUAUACUUUUUUGCCACUCAUAAAAUUACAGGCGUUGCUAUUUUGUUUUAUGUGGAAUUUAAUGAAUUUGAACCCAGGUACGUUAACCUGGUUUCACUUUAUGCUACUAUCUGUUAAUUAUAGGUGUUUUGUGCAAAUUAAAGAAAGAAAAUUUGUUUAUUUAGUACAUAAUAUAAAUUAAAAAUAUGACAAUUUACAUCCAAAAAUACAUAAAACUAAAUAAUACAUGUUCAUAUGUUUACAUAAGAAUGCAAAAGAUUAUGUUUGUAUAUAUAAGAGUUUAGGGUAUGUAAUGAAACAAUGUGUAUGUAAAAUUGAUUUAUUCGAGAAA